AUGACACAAGAAAUUCCUUUUCCAUCUCCUCUCGAACUCACUGUCGCUUCAGCUCUUCUCCUUCUCUCCUCCCCCGACCAACAACCAACUCCUUCUCACUCCUCUCCACAGUUCGACCCUGAUGGUGAAUUGUUGCUGAAAAGCAAGAGCUACAGCGACGAAGGAGCGGAGCAUGAACGAGAGCUUACUUCAAGUCUUGCGAAAGAGUCGCUCGAAGAUCAGCCGGAAAAUCACAGCGCCGAAGCCGCAGCCCGCCGACGGUUAAAUCAGUUUCCUCGGAAGCCCUGUCAACAGAGGCUGGAUCCAGCUUGUCAAGCAGCGCAAGCGCGAUCACAGCGCGCGAAGCCCGUGCGUGAGCGAGAGGAGGCAGAUGGUGUGGCUCGGGAGAAGCCGAAGAGGAAAACAGGUGGCUCAACUCACAUUCAGCGGCGAGCUGAUGCAAUUUUGAAGCUGCUCUCUUCUGGCGGUUGUUCCUCUGAAACGAGGAUACGUCGGUUUCUCGGUGACAGUCCUGACACCAGCAAAGCACUCAGAAUGGUUAAUGAAGAGGAUGAAGUUUUGAAGCGGGAUGAGUCAAGAGAUCUGGCACAGGAGCGUCAGCGACCUUAUAUUUACACGGUAUUUAUGGUUCCGAUAGCUGAGUAUUAG